UGCUGUGUGUCUGUGGAUGGAAGUGUGGAGCUCAGCGAUGGGACCAGAGAGAGUCUUACCGAACUCUGAGGACGAGCUGGGGGAGGACGAGCGCCCGGCCGACGGAGCCCUGCUGUCCGUGUGGAGCGGGGGGGAGGGAGGGGAGGGGGAGGAGGAGGGGGAGGACGGGGGAGAGAUGGAGCUGGAUGGAGAGGAGGAGGAGGAGGAGGAGGGGAACAGUGGAGGAGGAUAUUAUUACCAACCUCUGAACCAGGAGCCUGAGGGGGCGAACAACAACAACCCAGAGCAGCCGGGGGAGGACAGGGGGGAGGAUGGCCCCUCCCACACGGAGCAGCUGCAGCAGGUGCAGCACAGGAUACAGGUGAUGGGUCUCCACCUGCCCCCCCCCCCUGUAGACGGUGAGGAGGAUGAUGAGGCGGCGGCGGCCCUGAGGAGCCGCGCCUCCAUCCCGAUGGACGCAGACCAUGUGGAGCUGGUGAAGAGGACGAUGGCGGCGGUGGCGCUGCCGUCUCUCGCCGUGCCAUCGUGGGCCCGAGAGAUCUCUGACGACCAGUGGAAGGACAUGGUGGAGAACACGCUGCAGAGCCGGGAGAGCGCCGCCACCCUGCCCCACAGGAGCAACAUCAGCGGGCCCUGAACACACCACCACCACCAAGACGAUAACCUCUGCUGACCCUGAACGCACCACCACCAAGACAACCUCUGCUGACCCUGAACGCACCACGACCACUUCAGGGACACUGAGGUGGGAAAUGUGACUUCCAAAUAUUUAGUUGUUUAUUUCUUUUUAAAAUGUAGUACAUUUUUUAAUUGUUCUUUUAUGCCAUUUAAUAAAGGAUUUAUUAUUUCUCUGUCACUGUUUAAUCUGUCAGAUAAACAUUUUCCUUAUUCUCAGGCUCAAUAAACUUUAAACAUUUAAAAAUACUUUAAAGACAUUAUAACUGAAUAAAUACAAUACAUCGAUUAAAAUCAUCUUCAGAUGUUUUAUCUUCUCAGUUUAUUGAGAUUAAAUGUUUUUUUAAUGAUUUUGCCCUUAAAACAAAAUAAAAAGUAAUUUCCUUCUGUAGUGCAGCAACUUAAAGACGCUAAAAACAUUUUAAGUUGUGUUCAGAAAUGAUUUUAAAGCCGCUGCUGGUUCAGUCUGUAAAAAAGAUUAAAACAAUGCUUAAACUUUAAAAGUAUAUUUAAGGAAAUGUUGUUGAAGCUUAAACUUGUUGAUGUGUAACUUCAGGGUCAAACACAGUGUGGGAACUUCGACAAUCUGCUCCUUUAUUUCUACAGACUGAUAGUACAUUAAAUACUGCUCCUGUGUAUAAAUACAGUGACAGUACAUUAAAUACUGCUCCUGUGUAUAAAUACAGUGACAGUACAUUAAAUACUGCUCCUGUGUAUAAAUACACAGUGACAGUACAUUAAAUAUCUGCUCCUGUGUAUAAAUACAGUGACAGUACAUUAAAUAUCUGCUCCUGUGUAUAAAUACACACACUGUUGGUGUAAAAGAAUGACACUGUCAAACAUUGUCCACUUUAUUUAUUUGUAUUUUCUGUACAUACAUGAACAUCUGUACAAAAUCUUUCAUACUUUGUGACGUUAUAAUUAAAGUACAACUUACAUCCAGGAUGACAGGAGCAGCGUUCACGUUUGUGUCUCGUGAAGUUUUAUUUUUGUCGGGAAAUGCUUCGCCGCCGGACAAAA